AGUCACUAGAGAACAGAGUUUGAAAUGAGUGCUUGGAAAACAAACCCGCGCAAGUCACACUGAUCAAUAAUGGAUCCAGCGAAGGGGGAUGAACGCGAGCACGCCGCCAACCUGCUGGGAACCGGACAGCAGUUUAAACGGACAGAAAGAGCCGCGAAAACAAAGUCAACAUACGUGAAAAUCCUCUUUGGGGUCCUUCUACUCUGCUUACUGGCUUUAAUUCUCACAAUCAUAUUCCUACUGAAACUCCGCUGCACUGAGAAAGUUAGCAGCUGUAAAAACCGCUGUACAUCCAAAAGUCAUGAUGCUAAUUCAGCGUGCCACUGUGACUCUUUAUGUGUGAAUAAAGGCACCUGCUGUCUGGACUAUGAGGAAGUGUGUGUGGAACCAAGUCAACACUGGACUUGCUCGAAAUUCCGCUGUGGCGAGGAGCGCUUGAAAAACAGCCUCUGUUCCUGCUCUGCAGAUUGUGUCAAAGUGGGUGACUGUUGUUCAAACUACAAGAGCACAUGUGAAGGUGCAAAAACAUGGCUUGAAGAGGACUGUGAGGACAUCAGGACUCUUCAAUGUCCCGCUGGAUUUUCUAAACCGCCACUGCUCCUGGUGUCUAUGGAUGGAUUCAGGGCAGGAUACAUGAAUGCGUACUGCAGCCUUCUUCCCAUCAUCAACAAACUCAGGAAAUGUGGGACCUCCACGCCAUAUAUGCGACCUGCUUAUCCAACCAAGACCUUCCCAAAUCAUUACACCAUUGUGACAGGUCUAUAUCCAGAAUGCCAUGGCAUUGUGGACAAUAAGAUGUAUGAUGUCACUCGCAAUGCCUCUUUCAGUUUGAAAGCAGAAGAGAAAUUCAAUCCUUCAUGGUACCUGGGUGAACCAGUUUGGCUCACAGCCAUGAAGCACAAACUUAAAACAGCAACUUUCUUCUGGCCUGGAUCAGAUGUGAAAGUGAAUGGAAAAUACCCCAAUUUCUGGAGGGAGUAUGACAGAAACAUCCCAUUUGAAAAGAGGGUGGCAACAAUUUUUGAAUGGUUGCGAUUACCUGAAGGAGAAAGGCCAGACUUUUACACCUUAUACCUUGAAGAGCCUGACUCUGCUGGCCAUCGAUUCGGACCCAUGAGUAGCCAGGUGAUUGAGGCUUUGCUGAAUGUUGACAGAAUGAUUGGGCUGUUAAUGGAGGGUCUCAUGGAGAGACAGUUGGACAAAUGUGUCAACCUGAUUCUGCUCUCUGACCAUGGGAUGGAAGAAGCAUCAUGUGAGAAAAUUGCAUACGUCUCCAGAUAUCUGGAAAACAUUGAUGACAUCACCGUCUUCCAGGGCCCUGCAGCCAGAGUCCAGCCUAGACGUUUGCCUGAUGAAUUCUAUUCCUUCGAUUAUGAAGGUCUGGUGAAGAACCUUUCGUGUGUGAAAUUUGAUCAGCCAAUGAGACCCUAUCUUAAGGAGCACCUGCCCAAACGACUUCACUUUGCGAAAAGUACACGUAUUGAGAGAGCACAUCUCUACAUGCAGCCGCAGUGGCAAGCAGCAUUGCAACCAAGUGAAAUUAAAAAGUGCAGUGGUGGCUUUCAUGGCUCAGAUAAUGUCUUCAAGAACAUGCAGACCAUUUUUAUCGGAUAUGGACCUGGGUUGCAUUAUAAAACGACCGUGGCUCCCUUUGAGAACAUCGAAGUCUAUAACCUCCUAUGCGAUUUGCUGGGUAUUCCUCCUGCCCCCAAUAACGGCACCCAUGGCAGUUUAAACCAUCUACUGAGGAACCCACCACACCAGCCGGUGUACCCUGCAGAGCGCUCUGCACCAUCCACAUGUACCCCUGUCAGUGUGUACCUACGUGACCCCCACGGCUGCACCUGUGACUCUCUCACUGAGGCCGAGGUGAACCGUUUCAACCAACGACUCAUCGAUUCAAAUUCAAAUGUCAAACCUCUUCAUUUGCCAUUUGGAAUCCCACGUGUUCUUCAGGAGAAGUCGGAUUACUGUAUACUCCACCACACUGCGUACAUCAGCGGAUACAGCAGAGACAUCCUGAUGCCCCUUUGGGUUUCAUACUCUUUGAAUGCAACGGUCAGCAUGCUGCCGUUAGUAGACACAUGCGUGCGAGCUGAUGUGCGUGUGCAGGCUAGCGCGAGACAGUCCUGCGCUUUCUACAAGAACAAUUCUAUCUUGACCUUUGGCCUUCUGCAACCACCCAACUUCAGUCCUACAGGAACUCAGUCAGACUCAUUAAUUACAAGCAACAUGGUACCCAUGUUUCCUGCUUUCAAAGAUAUUUGGAAUCACUUCCACAAUGUUUUGCUGGAAAAGUAUGCACAAGACCUGAAUGGCGUCAAUGUUGUGAGUGGACCGAUAUUCGAUAAAGACUUUGAUGGGAUCUAUGACUUCAUAAACAAGGGAACCCCGAAUGUGGCAUCUAUCCCUACACAUUUCUUUGUGAUUAUUACAAGUUGUAAGAACUCUUCCUUGCCAGUCCUGCGCUGUGACGGCCCUCUGGAUGCUCUGUCUUUCAUUCUUCCACAUCGACCUGAUCAUCUGGAAACAUGUCAUAAUGGCACUGGUUACUCGUGGGUCCAGGAGUGGCUUCAGCUUCAUGUGGCGAGAAUCCGAGACAUUGAGCUUCUGACGGGUUUGAGCUUUUACCACGACCGGAUUUCUGUUGCUGAAACGUUACAACUCAAGACCAUGCUCAGAACAUUUUAGAGUGUUGUGAAGCCAACGACCCCAUUUUAUCUUUCUGCAGGCCAAUGACAGUACAUUCAGAAUACAUCAUUUCAGAUUUCCAACACGGCUGAGCUUUACCAGACUCUGAAACAAAGAAAGAAGUUCAUCCAGUGAGUCUUUGAUCUCCAAAAAUGGAGAAAUAAUACGUUUUAAUGUCUCUGCUUUAAUGAAUGCUUUAUUCUCCUCUGAGAUCUAUUUAUAAGUGGGGAAGUACUGAUUGUAAUAGGAACUGUAGCCCAGCAGUCUUAGUUAACUAAAAUUUAGCAUAUGUAAUGAAAGUCUUGCCUGUUUUUCAGCACAAAUAUGGUUGUGAUUUGGCAGAAUGUGGCUGAAUGCAAGACCAAGUGCAACCACAAAGAGAAUCCAGGCCGAGAAAGAAACUAUGUCAUAGUUUUUGUGCAAAAACGACAGAGCCACAUUUUCCACAAGAAUCGGUUUUGUGUUUUUUUUUUUCUUUCUUCCACAACAAAUCUAACAAAUGCUCUAUAUUGCAUCGGGUGAAAUGUCCAAGUCACUUCCUACUGAUUUAUUUUAUGUAUACUAGUGAUUUUAUUUUAUUACUGUCCUUUCAGUACUGGCAGAACUCAAAAUAACAAGAAACAUUUGUACCACUGUGUAGCAUUUUCUGGAGAUUUAGUGCAAUUACUUUUUCAGGUCAGUUUUGAUAUUGCUAAAUCUGUUUAGAAGAAUUCUUUAUUACAUUUGUAUUUUUAAAAAGCAGACUGUGUAGUGCCUUUUUCUAAUUUGCUAGCAGGGAUCAGCAUGCUCUCUAUUGUUUUUGUUUUUUUGAAAUUGUAGAUAUCCCAUGGCACUAUAUUAGAGCAAAGCUAGACUCAUGUGGUAAUUAAUGAUUAAAUAUUUAACAUUUGUGUUGUAUGUAACUUGUUUGUGCAGCUUGUUAUGGUUCUGUGCAUUUAAGUCCCACUGUCAGCUGCUGAAGUGGCAAUAUGAUUAAAAUUAUACAGUAGGAUAGUUCACCUAAAAAUGUAAAUUCUGUCAUUAAUUGACUCAUCUUUAUGUUCUCUCAAACUCGUAUGACUUUCCAUCUUUUGUCCAUACAGUAAAAGUCACUUAGUCCCUAACAUUGUGCCUAACAUCUCCUUUUGUGUUUCACAGAAGAAAGUCAUACAGAUUUGGAUCAACAUGAUGGUGCAUCCCUUUAAAGGUGCACUCAGUAAUUUUUUCCCCAUUAAAUAACUUUUACUCCUAAAGAAAUGAAUUGUAAUUUCAAAACAUAUGUAUGAAAUCAUGACCAUUCACAUGAGAUGAGGACUCCAGUCAUAUGAGUAACCUUAUAAAAGCUAUCUUAUUCUACAUGGAGCAGGGGCGCCUCAUGGGGGCUGCCAUUUUAGAAUCACAAGACCAGCUGAACACUACUUGCUUAAUCUCCAUCACUUUUUAUUGGAUUUUUACCUCUUGGAUUAAGUUAAUCACGGCUGAUUGCAGUGGCGUAACUUGGAUCUUGCGGACCCCAGUGCAAAUAAACUUUCGGGCCUCCUCCUUGGGGGGUCUUAGACGUUUUGCAUCACCCCUCAGGCCAGCGGUCAUAUUUAUGUUUUCUUUUGGUCGACCGUUGCGGGCCCCCUCUCACAACGGGCCCUAGGGAGGCUGCCCACCCUGCCCUCUCUCUAGUUACGCCCCUGGCUGAUUGUGAAUAGUGGAUUUCUACAAAUCUGCCAUCUGUAACUGAAAACUACUGAUUUUGAAUGAUGCUACAUCCACACCAUUAGGUGUCACUGUAAGUCCAAGAUGACACAAACUGAGUUGAUGACAAUUUACUGAGUGUACUUUUAAGAUUAGUGCUGCAUUCUGUGCUUGAGUGAGUGACAUUCAUUUUUAGUGUGUCAGACUACUAAUUUAUUUAAAAUUAAAAACAUAAAUAAAAAUGCAUUUCAUUUGUAUAAUGAUAUGAAUAAACCUCUUCUUUGAUAAACAUGCUUUCUAUUUCUUAAAAUUAAUUUUGUUUUGUUUUUUGAUGGCUUCAAGUGAAAAAUGUCACAGUUUUAU